AUGUUGGGAAAAAGUUUGGAAAAAGUUUGGAAAAAUUUGGGAAAAUUUGGGAAAAAGAAGGAAAGGGGAGAGGAAAGAGGGAGGAGGAGGGAAGGAGAAGAGAGGAAGAAGAAGGAGGAGAGGGAAGAGGAGGAGAAAGAGGGGGAGAAAGAAGAGGAGAGGAGAGGAGAGGAGAGGAGAGGGAAGAAGGGGGAAGGAAGGGAAGGGAGGGGGAGGGAGAGGGGAAGAGAGAAGGGAGAGAGAAAGGGGGGGGAGAGAGGAAAGAGGGGAGGAAGGAGGAGAAAGAAAGGGAAGGGAGGAAGAGAGAGAAGGAGAGGAAAAAGGGGGGGAAGGAAGGAAAGAAAAAAAAGAGGGGGAAAAAAAGGGAAGGGGAAGACGAAAAAAGGGGAAAAAGGAAGAAAAAAGAGGAGAGAAGAAAGGGGGGAAAAGAAAAGGGAGAAGAAAAAGAGAGAGAGAAAAAAGGGGAGGGGAGGGGAGGAAAGGAAAGGAAAGGGGAAGGAAGAAAGGAGAAGGGAAGAGAGAAAAGGAGGGAAAAGGGGGGGAAGAAAGAAAAGGAGAGAAGAGGAGAAAAAGAGAAGAGAGGAAGGGAAAAGAGGGGGGGAGAGGAGAAGAGAGGAGGAAAAAAGAAAGAGGAAAGGAAAAGGGGGAGGAGAAGAGGGGAAGAAAGAAGGAGAGGAAAGGGGAAGAGGAGGAGAGGGGGAGAGAAAGAAGGAAGAGGGAGAGGAAGGAGAAGGAGAGGGGAAGAAAAAAGAAGGAGAGGAAAGGAGAAGGAAGGGAGAAGGAAGGAGGAAGGAAAGGAAAAGGAAAAGGGAGAAGAGGGGAGAGAAGGGGGGAAGAGGAAAGAAGGGAGGGAAAAAAAGGAGGGGGGGAAAGAAGAGAAAGAGGAGGGAGGGAAAAGAAAGGGAGGAGGGAAAAAGGGGGGAAGAAAAAAAGGAGAAAGAGAAAAGGGAGGGAGAGGAAAAAAAAGAAAGGAGAGGGGAGGGGAAAAAAAGGAGGGGGGAGGAGAAGAAAAAAAGAGAGGAGAAAAAGAAAAGGGGAGGAGAAAAAGGGGAAAAAAGGGAGAAAAAAAAGGGAGAAGAAAAGGGGGAGGAAAAAAAGGGGGAGAAAAAAAAGAAAAAGGGGGAGAAAAAAAGGGGAGAGAAAAAGGGGGAGAAAAAAAGGGGACAAAAAAAAGGGGGAGAAAAGAAAAGG